CUCACUACAGCUGUGGCUCCCUAUCAAACCCUGACCAGCUGGGAUCUCAACCCCGCCAGAGAGGAAGCUCUCCACCACUCUUCAUUAACUCUUCAUUAGGUGAAGCACUCAGACACCAACUGCUGCUACCACUCAGGUGGUACUCAGAGAGAUGGACGUGGCACCCAGGGUCCUGGUGCUUCUCUUGCCCCUGGCGCUAACCCUGCUCAGCCUGUCGCCUGCACCUACUUUGGGAGGAUGCCCGUCCGCUUGCCGCUGCUCUUUUGCCAUGAUGCAGUGCCUAGAGCCCAACGGGAUAAGCAGCAUCCCACCACUGGCUCCUCAGGAGAGUGAUAAUGUGACAGAAAUCUACAUUGAAAACCAAGCAGAUCUGGAGAAUAUUACAGAGACUGACCUUGUUUUCUACAGAGAGCUGAGAAAUCUCACCAUCACAUCGUGUAAACUGAGGCUAAUCUCUCCAAAUGCUUUUCAAAGAAACCUCAAGCUGCAGUAUGUCAACCUGGCGUCCAACUCCCUGGAACAUAUCAGCUGGAGAGUGUUUCAUUUUCUCCCUCUGCUCAACCUAUAUACCUGUUUGCCUGAAGUGACCAUAUCCUCAUCUCAACUGAAGACUCAAGAGGGGGGGAACCUCACGUUUGAAUGUCAUGUGACAGGAAGUCCCACCCCCAAUGUGAGAUGGCAAACUAAAGAACUUGCCUCUGACUACGUUCUGCAGGAGACAAUCAUGGGCUCCUCGGUACAUCUGGUGCUUCAACUCACCAAUGUUUCCUCCAAGGACAACCUGCACAACCUGACGUGUGUGGCUGAGAACCAAGCUGGGCCCAACGAGGGGAUGGUGCAAUUGGACAUUGAGUUUCCAGCCAAAAUCAUCUUCCUGAGAGACGCUGUGCCGCAGCACAACUGGUGCUUCCCGUUCGCUGUGGAUGGCAAUCCAGAGGCAAAGAUUAGCUGGCUGUACAACGGCUUCCUAAUCAGAGAAACCAAAUACCUCUACAGCCAGUUCAUCCCUGACUCAAAUGACGGGUCGGUAAAACACGGCUGCCUCUUCCUCAACAAGCCCACCCACAUCAACAAUGGGAACUACACGCUGAUUGUGGAGAACAGGCUUGGCAGGGACGAGGCCACGGCUAUUGGAAUGUUUAUGGACAAUCCUUUUGAUCCGUCGGAUCCAGAGGGGAAAAUUCCAGUUCCUAAUGAGAAUCAAAGUCCAACAAACAAACCUGAUAUGGACGUUACAGAGAAUUCUGAGAGUCGGGUGUUUGUGGUGUCUGUGGCUGUGGGCCUUGCAGUGUUUGCCUGCAGCUUUCUGCUCAUCAUGGUUCUGGUCAUAAACAAGUGUGGUCAGCAGUCCAAGUUUGGAAUUCACCGCUCAUCAGUUCUGGGUACCGAGGAUGACCUGGCCGUCUCACUUCGUUUCAUGAAGUUUGGAACCAGCCCGCCUUCCUCAGAUGAAGACUCCGGUUUAUCAAGUUUUGUGGAGAACCCGCAGUACUUCUGCGGCAUCAUCAAGGACAAAGACAUGUGUGUGCAGCACAUUAAGCGGCAGGACAUUGUGUUGAAAUGGGAGCUCGGCGAAGGAGCGUUUGGCAAAGUCUACCUGGCAGAGUGUGCAAACCUCAGCCCCGACAGCGACAAGAUGCUGGUUGCCAUUAAGACCCUGAAGGAUGCAAACGAGUCGACCCGGCAGGACUUCCAGCGAGAGGCAGAGCUGUUGACGGUCCUCCAGCAUCAACACAUCGUUCGAUUCUACGGCGUGUGCACAGACGGAGAACCGCUGGCCAUGGUGUUCGAGUACAUGAGACACGGAGACCUGAACCGCUUCCUUCGAGCUCACGGACCUGAUGCUCGAAUGCUGGAAGAGUCCAAGAUGCCCCCGAUGGGGCAGCUGACUCUACCCCAGAUGCUGCACAUCGCCGCCCAGAUCGCUUCUGGCAUGGUCUACCUGGCCUCGCUGCACUUCGUCCAUCGUGACCUGGCCACUCGCAACUGUCUGGUGGGAGAGGGUCUGGUGGUGAAGAUCGGAGACUUUGGAAUGUCUCGAGACAUCUACAGCACAGAUUACUACCGGGUCGGCGGACGCACGAUGCUGCCGAUCCGCUGGAUGCCCCCAGAGAGCAUCAUGUACAGGAAGUUCACAACAGAAAGCGACAUCUGGAGCUUCGGGGUUGUUCUAUGGGAAAUCUUUACCUACGGCAAACAACCGUGGUAUCAGCUUUCCAACAGUGAGGCCAUUGAAUGCAUCACGCAGGGGCGGGAGCUGGAGAGGCCACGGACCUGCCCCAAGGAGGUGUACCUGCUGAUGCAGGGCUGCUGGCAGAGGGAGCCCCAGCAGAGGAUGGUCAUCAAGGACAUCCACAGCCGCCUGCUGGAGCUGGUCAAGAAUCCCCCCGUCUACCUGGACAUCCUGGGUUAAAGGGCGCCAAAAGGCGGGCCGGAGCAGAAAUCAGAGACUCAAAGGGUUGAGAUUUAUGCUGCUCAAUCUAAACAGCUUCUGUUAUUUGAUUUAAUUCUUUGCGUUUGUUUUCGAAGCCAAGCUUUCAGCCAAAGUUUCACCUCGACUCUGAGUCCGGUUUUCUGCCCUGAGAUUGUCUGGAAAAAUGUCAAAUGUUUACUAAAGGGUUAAAGUUUAUCUGCUGUGGGAUCAGUUUGAUGGGACGUGCAUGGAUAUAUGUUGAAAUAAUGAAAAAAGAAAAAACAACAAAGCUUUGCGUUGCUGCAAACCUAAUUUCAGAAGUGAAGUCUACAUUUUAAGGGAUUUGGAUGAAACAGGAAGUUAUUUCUAUAACACUGAUCAUUCAUGUCAAUGUAAAUAAGAGACUCCCAAUGAAAGACUGUUUUCCACGUUUCAAAUUGUCUGUAUUAUAUAAUUAUUUUUAAAAAAGAAAAAAAUAUUUGUUGGAUAUUAAGUAGAGAAAUUGUUUUCCGGUUCACAUUUAAUGUGGACAGAAAGAGCAGUGCCUACACUGCAAAAAAUCUAAAUCUAGAUAAGUCAUUUUUUUUCUUAAAAUA